AUGCGGAUGGCCCCUUCACAAUAUCUCAAACCCUCUUCUCGCAGACCCGACCAUCCAUUUUUAUCGUCGGACCUACCCAUUGCGCGCGCCGCACUUGGGUCAUCAUUUCACCUUCUUUCUCUUCUGCCCCCUCCCUCUCCUUGUCCUCUCCCAUCAUCUUCACCCAUCAGUUUCCUCUACACCAACCGACAGAAUAUCUCAUUUUCUUUCGGCCAUCCCAUCAAGUCCAACCGUCCUUUUAAGACCCCUUCACGUCUCGUGUUCGUUCGCCGCCUUUAA